AACAUUGUAAAAUUAAGGAAUUGUUCUUUCGUGAAGUUGCGUCAUCCACAUGGUUCUCAUUUUUGCCUGUAGUAGAAUAAAAUAUUAAAGUAUAUUGAUAAGUUCGUAAUUUAAUUAAAAAUGUUGUCCGCGACGCGAGUGAUUAGCCGAAAGGCUUUGGAGUGUUCAGGAAUUGGAACAGACUUUUACACUCAAAGGAAUUUUUCCACAAUCCUAAAAAAUACCGCAGCACCCACCGUUCCAAUUUAUCAGCAGCAUGCAAUUCAAUAUAGGCACAAAUCAGAUGGUGUUCGCGGCGCCGUCAUCGGCAUUGACUUGGGAACAACUAACUCAUGUGUUGCCGUUAUGGAAGGAAAAACACCAAAGGUGGUGGAAAACACAGAGGGAUCUCGUACUACCCCAUCGCAUGUAGCAUUUAGUAAGGAUGGUGAACGAUUAGUUGGUAUGCCAGCUAAACGUCAGGCGGUUACCAACAGCGGAAACACCUUCUAUGCUACCAAGAGACUGAUUGGUCGCAGAUUUGAAGACCCAGAAGUGCAAAAGGAUAUGAAAAACUUGUCAUACAAGGUUGUCAGAGCUUCGAAUGGAGAUGCCUGGGUGCAAGGAAGCGACGGCAAAGUCUAUUCGCCGAGUCAGAUUGGUGCAUUCGUUCUGAUUAAGAUGAAGGAGACUGCUGAAGCGUAUCUGAACACUACAGUUAAGAAUGCAGUGGUCACCGUACCAGCUUACUUCAAUGACUCUCAGCGACAGGCUACCAAGGAUGCUGGACAAAUCUCUGGUUUGAACGUACUCCGUGUGAUCAAUGAACCCACAGCCGCCGCACUGGCCUAUGGAAUGGACAAGACUGAAGAUAAAAUUAUAGCGGUUUACGACUUGGGCGGUGGAACAUUUGAUAUCUCGGUACUGGAGAUUCAGAAGGGUGUGUUUGAAGUGAAGUCCACGAAUGGAGACACUCUUCUCGGUGGAGAGGACUUCGACAAUGUCAUUGUCAACUUCCUGGUUGACGAGUUUAAACGAGACCAAGGCAUCGAUAUCCGCAAAGACGCGAUGGCCAUGCAGCGGCUUAAAGAGGCUGCUGAAAAGGCGAAGAUUGAAUUAUCUGGCUCCGUACAGACUGAUAUCAACCUGCCGUAUUUGACCAUGGACGCCUCUGGACCCAAGCACAUGAAUCUUAAGAUGACCCGUUCGAAGCUCGAGUCCUUGGUGGGUGAUCUAAUUAAGCGGACAAUUGCGCCUUGCCAGAAAGCUUUGCAAGACGGCGAAGUCUCUCGCACCGAUGUCGGUGAGGUUCUCCUCGUCGGAGGAAUGACAAGAAUGCCCAAGGUCCAACAAACAGUCCAAGAGAUCUUCGGCAGAGCACCAUCAAGGGCAGUCAAUCCCGAUGAGGCCGUGGCCGUCGGUGCAGCUGUUCAGGGUGGUGUUCUGGCCGGUGACGUCACAGACAUUCUCCUGCUUGACGUGACACCCCUGUCGCUCGGUAUCGAAACCCUGGGUGGAGUGUUCACUAAGUUAAUCACAAGGAACACUACAAUCCCGACCAAGAAGAGCCAGGUGUUCUCUACAGCUGCUGAUGGCCAGACCCAAGUGGAAAUCAAAGUGCACCAGGGUGAACGUGAAAUGGCGACGGACAACAAAUUACUCGGACAAUUUUCGCUCGUGGGAAUUCCCCCUGCGCCCAGGGGAGUGCCACAAAUCGAAGUGACAUUUGACAUUGACGCUAACGGCAUCGUACACGUAUCGGCGAGGGAUAAGGGCACUGGAAAGGAACAACAAAUCGUUAUCCAAUCAUCGGGCGGUCUUUCAAAGGACGAGAUCGAGAACAUGGUGAAGGCAGCGGAACAGUUCGCAACCGCUGACAAAGCCAGGCGCGAAAGAGUCGAAGUCUCCAACCAGGCUGAGGGUGUACUACACGAUACGGAGACCAAGAUGGAUGAAUACAAGGACCAGUUGCCACAGGAAGAGUGUGAGAAAUUGCGCGUGGAGAUGGGCAAGCUCCGUGAAUUGCUCGCGCAGAAGGACAGCGCCGAGCCGGAAGCCAUUCGUACGGCCACCAACACACUGCAACAGGCCAGCUUGAAGCUCUUCGAGCAGGCUUACAAGAAGAUGGCGGCAGAGAGAGACAGCCAGCAAUCCUCCCAACAAUCCACCCAACAGACUGAGCAGACAGACGAUAAGAAAGAAGAGAAGAAGAAUUAAAAACGCACCACUUUCUAAGGCACACCGCACACAGACUAGAGUGAUAAGUUCUUUUGCAAAAAGUGUAUAUGUAAUGUGCUUUUUUCUGGUACUUGCAGUCAAGAUAAAGACAAUACUAAAGAUUUCAAUAACUGAUGUUUCAUUUUUAGUUAGCGGACAUUGGUGGUACAAAGUUUUUUUUAAAAUAUGGAUUUUCGUUUAUUACAAGCUUACCUAUUUAAAUUAAUUGAAGUAUUGUGUUCUGGCAACAUUUACGAUUAGUUGACUAACUAAUGUUGCUAGCUCUAUAAUACUUUUGCAUUUAUAGUUUGCAAAAAUAUAAUAUAAGAAGCUUGUGUGCGGUGAGCUUUUCCAACGUACAUUAGUUGUAUAUAUUAGUGAUGCCAAAAACUUUCCGUUAUUCAAUUUUGGUAUAUUAUUAUUUUAGUUAUUUUUUUAUUAAUAAUUUUGGGCAAUGGCCGUAUUUUUCUUAAAACAAUAAAAUUUCCUUUAUGUCAAUAAAUUAUAGAAUUUCUACCCCCUUACUAAAAAAAACUCUUACUGAUUGACAGUACUCGACUCUCUUUAUAGCAGUGUUAACACAAUUUGACAGACAGAGACGGAACAGUAUAAAAAAAGUUGUUUUUAUUAAUAAAGGGGUAUUAAAAUGUCUUUUCUAUUGCCCAAAUAUUAGUAAAAUUUUGUCUCAACAGGUUUGAGUAGUGAUUGUCUUAGCUUUAGUAGUACCACUUGUAGUUACAACGUUCAAAUAAAUGUUUUUUUUAUUUUUGUUUUCAUUCAUAAAUUACUUUAAUGAAGAAAUUGAUUUACACACAACAAGUGUUGUCAGCAAGAUAUAUUGAUGCUGAUAGUUUCACAAAAUCAUUUUUGUACAAAAAACACUCUUGCUCAUCUGCCGGAAACCAAUUCCUAGCUAUUAAUAUAUUUAAAGGACUGGUAUUAUAGUUUUGGAAUUAUUAUUGUUUAAUAUCAAUUUUAUAUAGAUUCAACCAAAAUCUUGUGCUUUAUAGAGGUUUCAUUAAAAAACUGAUACACAAAUGUCAUUUAAAACACAAGUAUUACAAUGCGACCAUAGAUUGUAGAAUACAUAAUUUGUUUUAUUAUUAUAUUUGGCUUAGAGUUAAGUGGCAUCAUAAUUUACUUGUUAUUGUUGUUAAAGCAAGGGUCUGCCUGGUUAAAUGUAUGUCCGACUAUUAGAUUAGUGCAAUAUAUUAUUAUGAAAU